UUUUUCGCUAGAUAAAAAAGUUUGGUUAUGUUGUGUUAUUUUGAGGUUAGUCAUCUGUCAAAACAUGUUACAGGAAAAUGUGUGUCCUAUAUGUCAAAAAUUGCUGGAGUUAAAACAAAUAAACCUUACAACGGCUGUGUACUUGUGCGUUGAUUUAAAAUGCCCUUACCCUGUUGGAUAUGAUUGUAUUGAAAUUGAGAGGAAUAUACUGGAAAUAUUUAAAGUUUCAAAAAAGGAUAAAAAUGAGAAAAUAACAGUUAAUAAGGAAGCACUAAAUUCAAGCACAGAAAGUGUAAAAGUUGAUAUAAGUUGUAGUGAUAAAAAUGAAAAUGUAAACAAUACCGAUUGUAGUCUAGAUUUGGACUUUACAAUUGAAAAUGUAGGUGAUAAUACUGCGGAAUUGCAAGAUAUUGACGCAUUUUUGUUAGAUUUGUUGGAUUAAAACCCAAAUCUGUUUUUUAUGACUAAUCUGUGAUAAUUUUUAUUAAUAAACAUUUAACUUAC